AAAAAAAGAAUGUCUGCAUGAUGUUUACUGGGAUAUUUUAGUUCAGACAGAGUCAUAACUAAGAGUGUAUUUAGCAGUUUUUGCCACUUUGUCUGAUACUGGAGAAGAUCAGAAUGGAUACUCUGUUAAUUUAGCAGUGCUUCUGAAACAGGACGGCUUGAAGCAAUGCUGUUACAUUAGGAGGUGGAGUUAUCCUACCUGACCUCAGGCCGUCCCACGAAGAGCUUACACUGUUCUGACUCUGAAAGAGAGCUGUUAUUCUUUGAGAAGUGAUGAAGCCUUUAAAUUGUUUUGAUUGGCAGAGUAUACAAAUGUCUGCCAAUCAGUUUAAUAGGUGGGUGACAUGGAAAAUCACUGAAGUUGGGCUGAAGUUUUAAGUUAACAUUGUAUGUUCCAGUUAAGAGCCUCCCGCUCUUUUAUGUUAACUGCUUUGACCAGUAAAACACAUCAAAAGAAAGGAAGACAUCAGCUGGAGAAGACAUCAGGAUGAGUCGAUGGCUUACUUGUGCAUCCAUAUAUUUUAAUACAGACUGGAACAAGUAUGAUGACCGGCUGAUGAAGGCAGUGGAGAGAGGGGAGGUGGACAAAGUUGCUGCUACACUUUCCAAGAAGGGAGUUAUCCCAACCAAGCUUGAUGUUGAAGGACGAUCUGCGUUCCACUUAGCAGCCAGUCGUGGAAAUCUGGAUUGCUUAAAUGUCCUACUGAAUCAUCAAGUGGAUAUUACAGCAGCCGAUGCCACUGGAAAAAAUGCCCUUCAUUUGGCCGCAAGAAAUGGACAGUCUCUUUGUGUGCAAAAACUACUUCAGCAUAACUGUCCUGUGGGUAAUAUGGACCUGCAAGGAAGAACAGCAUUACACGAUGCGGUUAUUGCAGAUUGUUGCUCAAGUGUGAAACUUAUGUGUGAUGCUGGAGCAUCUGUAAAUGUCAAGGACUGGGAUGGAAGAACUCCACUGAUGCUAGCUACGCAAAUGUGCCAUCCAAGGAUCUGUGAACUGUUGCUUGAGCGGGGGGCUGAGGUGAAUGCCAGAGAUAAGCAAAACAAGACUGCCCUUAUCAUUGGUUGUGAGUUUGGCUGCAAAGAUGCCGUGGAGAUACUUUUAAGGAAUGGAUCAGAUGUAACUUUGUUGGACUUUCUUGGUCAUGACCCCUACUAUUAUGCCAGAAACUGUAAAAACCAGGUGCUGCUGUCUAUGGUGAAAGUAGCACAUGAAAAUGCCAUUAAAGCAAGGGAAGCAGUGAAAAAAGGACAUCAGCCAUAUCAGGUGCUGGAGCUCCCCAUUGUAGUACCACCAAUGAAUAUUGAAGCUGGUAUAGAUCAUAAAGACCAGAGAAUAAAGGACCUUGAGUUAGAGAAUGAAGAUUUGAAAGGCAGACUAAGGAAAUUUCAUCAGGAGCAGCGAAUUUUGCUUGAUAAAGUUAAUGGAUUUCAACAACAGCUCAAUCAGGAAAGAAAAACUGUUGAAGAUCUUCAGAAAGAGCGAGAUCAUUUAAAGGUACUCCUUUUGACAAAAGAGAAGGAAAAUCUGAAUGAAAAUCAAAACAAUAUGGGGAGUGUAAAGGAGUCCUCAAAACGACAUGAGGAGGAUCUAAGUGUUCAAUCAGGUGUCAGAGGAAAGGAUCUACUCAAGAAGCAAUCUAAAAGUUUUGAUGCUAUGCAGCUGUCACCGUCCCGCUCAAUGUCUAGACCUCUGGAAUUGUCUACGCCAUUUCAAGCAAUUCAAAACGAAAAUGAAACUAUUAGAAAGGAUAUGGAGUUGUUGAGAAAACGGUGUGAAGCUAUGAAUGAAGAAAUAAUGAGACUGAAGAAUGACCUACUCCACAAGACACAGGAAUGUAAAUGUCUUUCAGACCAAUGUGAGCUGACGAAACGAGAUUCUGACAAACAAGUGAAGGAAAUGGAAGAUGCCCUAAAUGAUGUGCAAAAGAGGAUGAUGGAUUCUGAGUUGAAAGUGAAGCAGCUGCAAGCCCAUGUUGUUGUGGUGAAAGAGCAUCUGAACAGUCAAGUGGUUGAAGACCUUAAAGCACAGCUGCAGGAGGUUAAGACGAAAUAUGAAGGUGCUUCAGCAGAGGUGGGGAGAUUGAGGAAUCACCUGAAAACAAGUGAGAAGGCAUUGGAAGAGUACAGGAAAAGUGAAGGAAACUUGGUGGAAGAUAUGGAUCGAAUGCAGAAAGAAUUAAAUCAGGCGAAAAAGGAAAAGGAUGAAGCAAGUGUUAAAGUUAUGGAUAUGGAAAGUCAACUUAAAAUUAGUGGAGCACGGCUAGCAGGAUCAGUACCGCUAGAAAAGUUUGACAACAUGAAAAAUCUACUUACAAAUGCAGUGGUUGAAAAAGAAAGACAAUUUGUAGAGCUAAAGGAAGAUUAUGACAGAAUGCAAGAUGAAUUUGCUGAACUGCAAAAGGAGUGCAACAAGCAACGUUUGAGAGCUACUGAAUAUGUGAAGGUGGAAGAGUAUGAUAGGUUGAAGGCCACAAUGGAGGAGCAAAGUGGAGAACUAAAAAGAAAGUUGUCAGAAGUCACUGCCAAAAGUCAGUUGCUAAUAAAAGAAGUAGAGCAGAACCAUCAGGAAAGUGAAAGUCUGAAACAAAAGCUACAGAACUGGGCCAACAAGGUUCAAGUCCAAUAUGUGCCUUUAAAGAUCCAUGAGGAGCUAAAGAGUUCAUUAAGCUCCACAAUCAAUGAUCUUGGUCAGAGGCUUGCUGAAGCAGAACAGAAUCGGGUAAAGGAAAAAAAUGAAUUAGAAAAGCUCAUGUCAGAAAAAGUCAUGUUACAGGAGAAUGUGUCCAACUUGCAAGCACAGUACAUUCACCCUCAAAAGUUUAAAUUAGAAGUCACCUCGCUUUCAUCCCUGAAUGAGGCUCUCAAGAAGCAACUUGGGGAACAACAACAGAGAUGCAGUGACAAAGACAAGGAACUAGAUGUAAUUAGGAUUGAAAACUCUGAGCUAAAACAAAGUAUAAAAGAGGAGUAUGUUACUAUUAAAGAGCAUAAUGAAAGUAAGAAUUUGCUCAUUGGUUCUUUGGAUGAAGCUAAAAGAGAGUAUUAUUACUUGGAGAAGAAGCAUAAUGACAUAAACAAAUUUCUUGGAGAGAUAAAAGACGAAAAUAUAUCAUUGAGAAAAAAGACAGAGAAUUUGAAUAUAGAAUUAGUACAGAGUCAAGUUAACUUGAAAGAUCUAGAAAAGGUAAAUGCAGAUCUCAAGGACAAGAUGUCAAGCAUGUACUCCAAAGUCACUGAGACUGAGAUGAACUACAAGAACUCUCAGGAUGAAGUCUUGAGGCUUCACAAAGAGAUUGAGGCACAGAAAAAAGAGCUUGACACAAUUCAAGUUGCCAUUCAGUCUAAAUUUGUUCCAUUGAGUAUGCUGAAAGAAAAAGAGGUGUCCUUUGAUACUUCUCUGAAAGAUAUAAGUGAUCAGUUAUCGGUAUCAAUGGAGCAAAGCAAGACCAUAGCAGAAAAAUGUAAAGUGUUACAAGAUGAAAAUGACAGGCUAAAAGCUGAGUUACAAGUUGCACAAGAAAGGAUAGAGACUGAAUAUAUUUCAAAAGAAAAGUAUCAAGAGGUUCAACACCUUCACCAUGAAAGUAGAGAGGAACUCGUCAAGAAGCUCAACAAUGUGACUGAGCAGUGGAAGGAACUAUCUCUUCAGAAGGAGGAACUAAAGAAGGAGAAAGACAGAUUCAGAUUAGAGGUUAACUCCUUGCAGCAGGAGAUGCAAAAUAAACACGUGUUAUUAGAGAAGUCUGAUGUGAUACAGCUGUCUUAUGAGGGCACCAUCAAGAUGUUGGAAGGAAAAGUAAAGGAGAGGGAAAAUGCUUACUCACAGGAGGUGCAAAAAGUGGCAGUACUACAGAAGGAACUAGAGUGCCAGCGUUCUUCUUCUGUGAUGCUGGCAGAGAAUAUGCAAGUCAAAGAAAAGCUAGAAGGGGAGGUAGAAAAUCUGAUUGGGGCUUUAGAAAAGGAGAAGCAAAAAAAAGCUGAAAUGAUGGAAGAGAUUAGCUCUUUGCAGACCAAGCUUCUAAAUCUUAGCAAGGCAUCUCAGAAUAAGGACAGCAGAAAUGAUAGCCAAAUUUCAGACUUAAGAACUACACAGAGUAUGUUGGAGGCACAAGUUAUAAAACUCAGUGAGCAGUUGUCUCAUCUCACUAAGCAACAUCAAGAGUUGUCUCUGGAGGCCUUGCAUGCAAGAAGUGAGGAACAGAAUGCAAAGUCUGAGAAUACCAUUUUAAUAGCAAAAAAACUUUCCAUUGAGCAAGAGAUCAAAGACUGGAAGGAAAAGUAUGACAAGUCUUUGGAAACAAUUGGAAACCUGCAGGUGCAAAUUCAGAAUUCGACAGAGCAGACAGAAGCCAAGAAUCAAAAGAUCACUGAGCUCCUCACUGAUGUGGAAAGGCUGAAGCAAGCUCUAAAUGGCCUUUCUCAGCUCACGUACACAGGUGGCACUCCACCCAAGCGCCAAUUCCAACAGGUAGACGUUCUCCAAGCCCAGAUUAAGAGCCUGCAGCAGCAACUGGAUGAUGCAGAGAGGAGACACACAGAGGUGGUUUCAAUUUAUCGUACACACCUGCUCAGUGCAGCACAGGGCCACAUGGAUGAAGAUGUGCAAAAUGCUUUGCUACAGAUUAUCCGAAUGAGGCAAAAUUUUGUUUGCUAGUCUGAAUGAGAGAGUUGAUGUUAUUCCACUGCAACUCACUUCUACCCUGUUCCUUCUAAAAAAUAUUUGGAAUUUGGGAGAGUGUACCCUUUUGAAAAUUUUAAAUUAUCAAAGAUUGACAAAAUUAAUAUCUCACAAGUUGUGAAAAACCAUAUACACUUGGCAAUGAAUUAGAGGGAUAGGGUUGAGCUGGAAAGCAAGCUGGUUGGCUGCCUGCUGGAAACAAGGGAGCCACCAUAUCAUCAAAGGCUGGGCCUUCGUAGUCACCCUCUCUCGCAAGAUAACAGUUUGGCUGGCCAAGCUGACUCUUAAUGAAAUUAGUUUCAGUUAGGGUCUUUACUUUGUAGAUGAGAGCAAGUGAGUUCUCUAUGAUUUAGUUUUAUUGGUAUUUUUUUUUUCAAUAGUACAUGUUAUACAUUUGAUUUAAACACAAUGGCAAUGCUGUUCAGCAGGACUGGAACAGGUUAAUAAAACUGUUUAUUGUUAUUAUCCAUAUAAAGAGGUUACUGGCUGCCAUAAGAACUUCAGAGUUGUGUGUGUUUGUGUGUGCGUAUGUGUGUGUUCAAGUGUGAGAGUAUGAUACCAUGCAUUAGUACAUGCUACUUAUUAUGCAGGUAGAAAAUUAGAUUGUUUUUAAAAGCAGCUGUUCAGUAACUUGUUUUGUAACUUACUAAUAUUAAGUUUGUUUAUAAACUUGGUAAUACUAUAAAUCCAAAUGCAUAUAAGUAUAUGCUUUUAUAUUUUAUACAAUUGUUCCUAAGAGCUGGUUUUAGUUUGCAUGCACCAGCUAUUAGCAACAGGUAUGUCAGGUUUAUCAUAUUAUCAUCAAUAGUUUUCUCAAAUAAUGUUCCAUCUGUUGUUUUCUUUAAUAUUGAAGUCCCCUGUUUCAGAUUAGUUGAGCCCACUGUAAUAAAUGAGACUUGUAUCUUCUGUCAUGUCUCUUUUUCAGCUAUCCGCCGGUUUACUGUUUUGUAUGAUAGACAGCUCUAAACUCACUGUAUCCAAAUGUUCAUCAAAUAAAGUGACACAAUUGUUGUACUUCA